AUAUAUGCUCUCCAUCGGAUGUAUCCCGUGCUACUGGUGGGAGGUCUUUAGGCGUCGUGUGCCUGGAUGCCCUUUCCGUUGGUUUUUUCCUGUUUCUUUUUUUUUUUUCCUUCAUCAAGGGUCUCUAGACAGCCCGGCCCCACAAUGAUCGACGGAUUAGCCUCUGCCGAGAACCCUGAGAAAAGGGAAUGUUUUGGUGAUUUCCGUAACCCUUUCACCUCUCAAUUGACACUUUCAGUGCUCAAGGUAAUCAGAGGCCGAGAGGGAAGAUCUCACGGGGGAUGGGAAAGUCACCGAAGCAGUGUCCACCUCGGACGGUGGAUCCCGGCACGGCCAGGAAGGCUCGGAAGGCGAGCCAGUCCACUUCAUUCGAGGGAAAACGAUAAAUGUCCAAGGGCCCCGGUGGAGAAAGCACUGAUUGUGAAAUGGGAUCCUGGGAGGCUGGGAAGCUUCGCCGAAGAUGAAAGGGGGAAAUAGCAGGUUGUUGGCCGAAAUUCCCGUGUUCAGGCGUGUGCGCAAACCCUCUUAGAUGAGCUUUUUCGAUGUAACUUGGUUUACGAGUUACGACAGCUCCCAUACCCUGUCUCUUAACCUCGAAUAAUCAAUAUUCUAGACGAAGAGCCUCGCCGUCGUCAACGCGAGACCCACUUGGCUUUCCCUGCAGAAAGUUGUUCCGAACGGGCUCCUU